AUGGAUAUUUCAACGGCAUUCCUGAAUGGGAUUUUAGAGGAGGAUGUCUACAUGACGCAGCCGCCUGGGUAUGAGGAUGGUACGGGCAGGAGAGGAGAUGGGAUUCAGACCAGCAGCUGUGAUGAGAGCCUCUUUCUCAAGGGCGAGGGGGAGAAGCUGGUGCUGUUUCUGGUCUACGUGGACGACAUUCUUCUCUUCAGCAGCAGCAUGAAGGAGAUCCAGAAAGUGCAGCAGCAACUGAUGGAAAACUUCAAGUGCAAGAACCUUGGGGAGGUAAAGUACUACCUCGGGAUGCACGUGGAGAGGGAUCCUGAUCACAGGUGGUUGAAGCUGCACCAGGAGAAGUUCAUCAAGGAGCUGGAGGAGAAGGUGGUGCAGAAUCCAUCAGAGGAGCAGGUGGAUGCAGCUGAGCGUGUGGUGAAGUACCUGAACUCUCACCCAAGCAUUGGAGUUCAAUACUCCGCAUCUGCACAGGUGAAGCAGAAAGGGGUGGAGGUGCUGAAAGAGAAGGGGGAGAGGCUUGAGAAGGCAAGCUCUUUCUCACUUGCUUUACUGAUGCUACUUGGGCUUCUGAGAAGGAAGAUUCUUCAUCUGUGGGAGGAUACAUCUGCGUAG